AGUGGCAAAAUCCCUAUGGGUGCAUCUAAUAGCCGUGAGAGACCUUUGUUACAAAAGUAUAGUGAAGGAGGAGAAAAUGCCAGAUUUAAGUAUGCAGUAUCAUCUGUGCAAGAUCGGCGCAAGAACAAGAAAGAUGCUUUUGCAGCUAUCCCAGAUCUAGAUGACCUCACAUCUUUCUUUGGAGUUUAUGAUGGCCAAGAAGGAACUGAAGUGGCAUUGUUAUGUGCAACACAAUUUCACACUGAGCUUUUUAACCAUCCAGACUAUCAACGGGAUCUAGCUAAUGCAAUGCGGAUGGCAUUUUUCAGAAUGGAUGAGCUGUUGGAACAGUCAGAUGAAUGGAAGGAAUUACUUUCUCGCGAUACUUGUGGUGGUCGGAUACAGUGUCUCUGUCUCAGGACUUGUAUUUCUGCUUACCAUUGGCCCUGCGCACAGCCUCCCCCACCUUACAUACCACCACAAGAGUCAGGAAGCACAGCAUGUGUAGCUGCCAUUAGAGGCCACAAGAUCAUUAUUGGAAAUGUUGGACAUUCUCGUUGCAUAAUCUCAAGGAAUGGAGAGGCAAUUGAAUUAACCAAUGAACACAAACCAAGCCAUCCGACUGAAAAAUAUAGAAUUGAAAGAGCAGGGGGGCGAGUAACCAUUGAUAGCGCUCUAGUACCAGGAGAAGCAGAAUGGUUCUUCCGGCAGCGAGAGUCGGGUAUCUCUCGAAUUAAUGGAAUCUUAGCCCAUUCCAGAGCGAUUGGCCAUUUUGCAUUCAAGUAUAACAAGGAUUUUCCUCCUGAAGAACAAAUGGUGACAUGUGAUCCAGAUGUUCUCACUAUGGAUAUUACCAGUGAUAUUGAGUUCCUUGUCAUAGUAAGUGACGGUAUCUGGACUUGUCUGACAUGUCAGGGUGUGGUUGAUUAUAUUCACCACUACUUAAGACCCCGGAGGACUGAUCUGCGCACCAUCUGUCAGAAACUUUGUGAUCGCUGCGAGGUAUCGAGUGACAACGUGACCGUCAUACUGCUUCAGUUCAAGAACGCCCCGCCGCCACCCGCUCCAGAAGAGGACAACGCCGCCAACAACGGGGACAACGCCGGGCCACCCGCUGACGCCGGCAACAACAGGGACAACGCCGCGCCACCCGCACCGGAAGAGACGCCCCUCCUGCGUGAUGAUGCGAUAACGGAAGCUUGAUGGUCGCGGCAGAGUUUUUGAGUUCCGUGGCAAGAGAAGAAAGGUCCUGGGAUUUGUAGGUUCCGCUAGAGCGCUGUUUCCCUUUUCGCCCCCCUCGUUGUCGAAGACAGAUAGUUGGUGUGAUGCCAGUAUGCCACUGCGUAGGAUGAUGCUACCGUUUUAGUCGUUUCCUCUUCAACUAGUAGUGUAAUUCUGCUGCCUGGGUACGAUUCCAGUUCCACUGGAUGGAGAUUUUGCUCUAGAACAACUUGAGUUCACGCACAAACCUUUUUUGUUCUGGUCUCUGAAUCCUGGAGAUGCUUAAUCGAGUUGCACUUUAUAUCUU